AUGACUCCAUCUACAAAAGAGAAUAUGCCUGACCAGACUCCUCGUGCAGACGAUAUAUCUAUCAAAGAAAAGACCCUCGCCGAUCCAGAGACUACAGAAAUGGACCUCAAAGCCGGUGAGGUGAUCGAAGACCUCGAUGCAGCCGAAGUCUUCCUUCGCGACAACAAUUUCUCCCACGCUUACCUGCACGAACUACUUCAAGACGAGGUUGCUUGCAAGAGACUCGUCCGCAAAGUCAAUUGGACGCUCAUGCCACUGCUUUGCGGAACCUAUUUACUCCAAUACAUUGACAAACAAGCAUUGAGCUAUUCUGCCGUGUUUGAUUUGUUUACCUCGACAAAAACUACGUCGGACGAGUAUAGUUGGUUAACGAGUAUAUUCUACUUUGGAUAUUUGGUUUCCGAGUGGCCAAGUAGUUAUCUGGCGCAGCAUUUUCCUACUGGAAAAGUGUUGAGCUGUUUUGUCGUCACCUGGGGAUCGGUGUUGAUGUUGACGGCAGCGUGUUCGAACUUUACUGGCCUGGCCAUCUGCAGAUUCAUUCUGGGUUGCCUCGAAGCUCCUAUCANCUCCUUGCUUCAUGAUGCUGGUCGGCAUGUGGUUCACGAGGAAAGAACAACCAGCACGUGCUGGCAUCUUCUACUGCUUCAACGGAGUUGGCAGUAUGGUUGGAGGCAUUCUUUUCUAUGGUGUCGGGCAGUUGAAGGGCUUCCCAGUCUGGAGANNGUCAUCUUCUUGCUCUGCGGAGGCUUGACCAUCGUCUGGGGCAUCGCGCUCUUCUUCCUGCUUCCGAACAACAUCAUGACUGCCAAAUUCUUCUCAACUGAAGAAAAGGCACUGCUCAUUGCACGUAGUCAGACCAACCGAACUGGCGUAUACAACCCAAAGAUCAAGCUCUCGCAGGUCAAAGAAGCAUUGCUUGAUCCUCAAAUCUGGAUAUUGUUCCUGUUUGUCUUGUGCAACGAAGGCAUCAACGGAGGACCGGUAUAUGAACACAGUGCUGACAAUGACACAGNNAUUGGCUCUUUUGUGGCAUCUCUUGUACUGGCGCUGCAGAUGCCGGCCAACAAUGUGGCAGGAUACACCAAGAGAGUGACAGCCACAGCAUUUGUGUUCCUGGCAUAUUGUAUCGGCAACAUCUGCGGACCUCAUGCAUUCCUGGCAGACGAAGCUCCAAUCUACGAGACUGGAUGCAAAUUUAUUAUUGCUUGCGCGGCUAUCCAGGUGGUGCUUGUAUUUGCGUUGCGAGCACUUCUGAUCCAUCGUAACAAGAAGAGAGAUGCAGAGUUUGGCCUGGUAUCUGACAUGGACACAAGCGAGGAGACGAUUGAGGAUUUGACAGACUUUGAGAACCCCCGGUUCAGGUACUCCUACUGA